AUGCCGUCUAUGUCCAAGCUCGCGGAGAAGUCACUGCUCGGGCUGUCUCUAUUGGCUGCCUUGGUGCAUGCUUCACCCGCAGUGAGUCUCAACUUUGACUAUGGUGUCAACAAGAUCCGGGGUGUCAACCUCGGCGGUUGGCUGGUCUUAGAGCCCUGGAUUACUCCAUCUAUUUUUGAAGCAGCUGGCGAGUCCGCUGUUGACGAGUGGUCGCUUUGUGCCACUUUGGGUGCGGAAAAAUGUCGCUCUGUUCUGUCCGACCACUGGAGCAGUUUCAUUACUGCCGACGACUUGCAACAAAUCCGCAGCGCAGGAAUGAACCACGUCAGAAUCCCUGUCGGAUACUGGGCCCUCAAGCACUUGGACGGUGACCCAUACGUCAAUGGUCAGCUUGAGCAUCUCGACCAGGCGAUCGGCUGGGCUCGUUCUGCCGGUCUAAAGGUCAUGCUUGACUUGCACGGAGCCCCUGGCUCUCAAAAUGGCUUUGACAACAGUGGAAAGCGUGGUGCUAUCAGAUGGCAACAGGGUGAUACUGUUGAAACCACCAAGGAUGCCCUGGAGGCUCUGGCCGCACGCUACCAAAAUGAUGGAGACGUCGUGACUGCCAUCGAGGCUUUGAACGAACCUAGUAUCCCAGGUGGAGUGAGCCAGGAUGGUCUGAGACAGUACUACUAUGAUUCUUGGGGCCGUAUCCGACAGUCAAGCGACAACACCACGCUCGUCCUGCAUGACGGUUUCGUGCCUACUGAGUCAUGGAACGGCUUCAUGAGCCAGUCUACCGGUGUCUGGUAUGUGAUGAUGGACACCCAUCACUACGAGGUGUUUGACAAUGGUAUUCUCACCCUCGACACGGCAUCCCACGUCAACAACGUCUGCAGCUUUGCCAAAGACCACGUUCAGACCUCUGAUAAGUGGACUGUUGUUGGUGAGUGGACCGGUGCCAUGACCGACUGCGCCAAGUACCUGAAUGGAAAGGGUAUCGGUGCUCGCUACGAUGGUACUUUCUCUGGUAGCAGCUACAUCGGCAGCUGUGCGGGCAAGUCUAGCGGAUCCGUGAGUGCUCUGUCUCAGGCUGACCAGAGCAACAUUCGUCGCUUCAUCGAAGGUCAACUUGAUGCCUAUGAGAAGGGUACCGGCUGGCUCUACUGGACCUGGAAGACCGAGGGUGCCCCUGAGUGGGAUAUGCAAGAGCAGAUGGCUGCCGGUGUCUUCCCCAACCCUGUCACUAGCCGUCAAUUCCCCGGCCAGUGCUGA